AUGGAUUCUGGAUCGGGGUCUUCUGGCGGUGCCUCCGCAGAGCAAAACGCCGUGGAUUCAGACGGCCCUGCUCCAGUGCCAGCAGAUGUCCGUUCUCAUGAUCAGAACAAUAAUGGCCAACCUACCGUUCACACACAGAAGGAGCAGGAUUCUCCUCAUCUCAAAGCCUCAUCGCGCCCAAUCUCUUUCACCGAACUUGCCGCUGCUCAGCAGAGCGUCCUAGAGUCUCAUAUGCAUAUGCUACAUCAUGGGUCCACCGACUUAGAACACUAUUUUGUGCGUCACGGUUUGGCUUUGGAAAAGGACUGGCGACUGACGUUGGUGAUGGCUGCAGUGGAAGUCUCGAAUAUCCUGCUGACCGUCCUCGGUUUCGUCGUCGGUUUGGCAUUAUCGUUCCGAAGCUCGACCGCAUACGAGAGCUCGGCACAUGGCUCGAACAAUCUGGGUGAGCAUCAACGAACGCGAAGGAGAGGAAGGGAAGGAAGAUCUUCUGGGGAAACUGUAUAUCUUCCCAUCUUGUCGGGACCCGGAAUUCGGUCAUCCUCUAACCCGGUCGGCAGUACUGCGAUAAAUCUCAUUCUCGCGUUUGCCGUCGCUCUCAAGCACUGCUUGCGGUUUGAACCAGACAUUGCCUACAAGGAUCUCGUCGGACUGGUCGGACAUCUGGACACCUUCGCCAAAGAAGCUCAUGACCCCGCAAUGGUUGAGCCGCGCAAAAAGACCCCGUGGAAGGCGACCGGAGAGUAUCUGGGUGUGUCGUUUGCGGAGUCAAAUCCCAGAAAACUGAUCAAGCGAGCAACGAAGCCGCUGGGACAUCUGCCGCUCGAGAUUUUGCUUUACCUAUCCGCCUACAUCGAUGAGUGCGUCAACAACGGGACGCUGUCGUCAUCGAAUCACCAGAGCCAACUCAUCGGUUCGGUGGCUACUCUGAAUGAAGUCUUGACCGGGGCCGAACGGGUGCGAGAUACGCCCAUGCCAGAAGCAUACAACAUUGCCAUCUCACAGAUUGCCUGGAUCUAUAUCUUGGUGCUUCCAUUCCAGCUGAUCCCGUCGCUGAAAUGGCUUACGAUUCCGGGUUCUGUUGUCGCUGCAUACAUCAUCCUCAGCCUCGUUGCCAUUGGUCGAGACCUCGAAAACCCAUUUGGCGUCGACGUGAACGACCUGCCACUGGAUACUUACUGCCGACAGCUAGCGUCCGAGCUGGACAUCAUCACGGCCAGCCCUCCUCCCAAGAUGAGCCAGUUCAUGAACAGCAGCGACAACCUCGUCCUAUACCCGCUGAGCCUUAAGGGCUACGACAGCUGGAAGCAGCGCAGCGUCGACGAGAUCCGUGCCGCGCUGAGGACCAAGGUCCGCACUCAGCCGCCUACUACGUCCGCUGAGUCGUCCUCUUCGAAAACUGCUGUCGUGAAUGACGAGGAAGCUAUUGAAAUAAGAUAG